CGGUUUGAUAAAGCCGCGCUGAUUUCAAGUGCUCGUCGGGUUUCUGCCUCCACAGCGAACUGUCGAGAGUUAAUUGAGUCCCGGAGCUUUUAUUGAUCCAAGUAAUCAGACUGAUAACGUAACGCUGAAAGGUGCGGACGGUCGGUGACAGGAUGGAGUUGGAAAAUCAAAAACAAAACAUUGACGUCGAGGUUCAUGUUAAAUCUCACAGCACAGCUAAGAAGUCCGAGGUGAGGAUACAGGUGCUGGGUCUGCUGAACCGACACGGCAUGCUGUUUGGAAACUACAAAUGGACCGAGUUCGAUAAGGAAUUCCUGCAGAAAAACGUUGAAUCUGUGGCGAUCGUUGAUCAAGAUGAUUUAAUAACACAGCCCCUUGAUUUGAAGAGCUACUCGGUCUCCAUUCACAUCUUCACCCUGAAUGAGGAUGGACCCAGCACGCUCAGUUUGGAGGAGGAUGAAGAGCUUUCAGCCGCCAAUCACUGGUUGCUGCCAGCAGCUGAAUUCAAUGGCAUUUGGGAGAGUCUGGUAUACGAGAGUGGAGUCAAAACCCAGCUCCUGAAUUACAUUUCCACAACAAUUUACUUCUCGGACAAAAAUGUUGACAGUAACUUGAUUUCGUGGAACCGCGUUGUGCUGCUUCACGGCCCCCCGGGCACCGGGAAAACAUCGCUGUGCAAAGCGCUGGCCCAGAAGUUGUCGAUCAGACUGUCGAGUCGGUAUUCUUAUGGGCAAUUUGUCGAGAUAAACAGCCACAGCUUGUUCUCAAAGUGGUUCUCGGAGAGCGGUAAAUUGGUCACAAAGAUGUUUCAAAAGAUCCAACAACUAAUCGACGACAAAGAAGCUCUCGUGUUUGUUCUGAUUGACGAGGUGGAGAGUCUGACAGCAGCUAGGAGUGCCUCCCAGGCGGGAACGGAGCCCUCUGACGCCAUCCGAGUGGUCAACUCUGUUCUCACCCAGCUGGACCAGAUCAAACGACAUUCCAAUGUAGUGAUCCUGACGACCUCCAAUGUGACACAGAAGAUAGACCUGGCGUUUGUGGACAGAGCUGACAUCAAGCAGUACAUCGGGCCUCCAUCUGAGAAGGGCAUUUACAACAUCUAUCUCUCCUGCCUGGAGGAGCUGAUGAAGUGUCAGAUCAUCUACCCCCGGCAGCAGCUCUUCACCAUGUUUGAGCUGGAGACGAUGGGCUUUGCCAUGAGCGAGGUGUCCGAGCACAGUCUGACCCUGCGGGACAUCGCUGUAAGGAGCAAAGGUUUGAGUGGAAGAGCGCUCAGGAAGCUGCCGUUUCUGGCCCACGCGCUGUUUGUCAAGACGCCGACGGUAACUCUCGAGAGGUUUCUGGAGGCGAUGACGCAAGCAGUGGACAAACAGAUGGAGGAGACGGCCAACCUGGUCAAUGCGGUUUGAACGCGUUACGAAGCCCAGAGGCUGACGCGUCAUUGUUGGGGAGCCCUCAACCCCCCCGCCCUGUUUGUUUGCACCCUUACAUGUUUUUAAAUGAAGCUUAAUCCUUUUAAUUUGGCAGCAACAUGAUGAAACACAUUGGCGAGUGAUGGUGUUUUAACAAAUGUUAACUAUUUGAUUCAGGUGAAUUUGGUUGGUGCGGCGACUGCGCCGCGGUCUAAAAAGUUUGGUUUUAGAUGGAGAAUCCAUGUUUACGCUGUUCUUCGUUUUGAAGGGAAGGUUUUAUGUAACGUUGAGCUUUACCGUACCGGUGCCAGCUUCUUUUGGUUUCUGAGGGAAUAGUUCACAUUUGGAUAUGCAAUUCGUUAUUUGAGCUUUAAUUAAAAAUUCUGUGUACGUAUUACCUCAGUCCAUGGAUGUUAUUGCUGGUAUCUCUCUGAGGGGGGCAAUGGGUUCCGUUUUCAGCCUUUCACUUCUUUCAUAUAUGUUGUCAGCUCUCUGAGAUUCCCGCAUCCACAGGAUCUGUAGAAUGAGCAAGUGUUCAUUUGCAAUGCAAACCUGUGUUCAAGAUCGUAAACGGUCACUUAAACACGCGGUUUCUUUUGUUGACUAUUCAUGUGUUCACGUUGAAAGGUUUAGUUAUCAUUGUGUGUUAACGUAAUGUUUAUUACGUCUUUAUUUUGUAAAUGACAUUGUAAUAAAAUGUUUGGUUUAUGUUCUUUUGUGUUGUGGAAAUGCUGCCGAUGCAUUUUGGAGAUUUUUUAACAAUUGCUACAGGUCACCACUUGGUGGCGCACAGACGCUGUCAUGUGGGUUCAGACGUGGAAAGACUGAAUUUAUAAAGUGUAUUUUAUCGCACGGGAUGAUUGCAAUAAAGGCAGUAAGUGGAAAAGGAAAACGAUACCAGAAUAAAAAAAGAUUACAAUGGA